UCUCAGGUUAGGCGGUUUUUUUAGUGAGUCAGUGCUAUAAGCGCGGAUCAAGUCGGACGCCUUUUGUGUUUAAGAAGUGCAAGAACUUUUUUUUAACCACCACAAUGAGGGAAAUCGUUCAUCUACAGGCAGGGCAGUGUGGAAACCAAAUUGGAGCAAAGUUCUGGGAGGUGAUUAGUGACGAACAUGGAAUCGACCCAUCCGGGACGUACCACGGAGACAGCGACCUGCAGCUGGAGAGAAUCAACGUCUAUUACAACGAGGCAGCAGGUGGGAAGUAUGUCCCUCGUGCAGUGCUGGUUGACUUGGAACCAGGAACGAUGGACUCUGUGAGGUCCGGUCCGUUCGGCCAGGUCUUCAGACCAGACAACUUUGUCUUCGGCCAGAGUGGUGCAGGUAAUAACUGGGCCAAGGGCCACUACACGGAGGGAGCCGAGCUGGUGGACUCGGUGUUGGACGUGGUGAGAAAGGAGGCGGAGAGCUGCGACUGCCUGCAGGGCUUCCAGCUCACACACUCCCUGGGCGGAGGCACUGGUUCUGGGAUGGGAACGCUGCUCAUCAGCAAGAUCCGCGAGGAGUAUCCGGACCGCAUCAUGAACACGUUCAGCGUGGUGCCCUCGCCCAAGGUGUCUGACACAGUCGUAGAGCCGUACAACGCCACCCUGUCAGUCCACCAGCUGGUGGAGAACACAGAUGAAACCUACUGCAUCGAUAAUGAGGCUCUGUACGACAUCUGCUUCCGCACGCUCAAGCUGACCACGCCCACCUACGGAGACCUCAACCACCUGGUCUCCGCCACCAUGAGUGGAGUGACCACCUGUCUGCGCUUCCCCGGUCAGCUCAACGCCGACCUGAGGAAACUGGCCGUCAACAUGGUUCCAUUCCCCAGGCUGCACUUCUUCAUGCCGGGCUUUGCCCCCCUGACCAGCAGGGGGAGCCAGCAGUACAGGGCGUUGACAGUUCCUGAACUCACCCAGCAGAUGUUCGAUGCCAAGAACAUGAUGGCCGCCUGCGACCCACGCCACGGGCGAUACCUGACGGUGGCCGCCAUCUUCCGCGGUCGCAUGUCCAUGAAGGAGGUGGACGAGCAGAUGCUGAACGUGCAGAACAAGAACAGCAGCUACUUCGUGGAGUGGAUCCCCAACAACGUGAAGACGGCCGUCUGCGACAUCCCUCCCCGGGGCCUGAAAAUGGCCGCCACCUUCAUCGGCAACAGCACGGCCAUCCAAGAACUGUUCAAGCGCAUCUCAGAGCAGUUCACCGCCAUGUUCCGCCGCAAGGCUUUCCUUCACUGGUACACCGGCGAGGGCAUGGACGAGAUGGAGUUCACCGAGGCCGAGAGCAACAUGAACGACCUGGUGUCCGAGUACCAGCAGUACCAGGACGCCACCGCUGAAGAGGAGGGGGAAUUUGAGGAUGAGGGUGAAGAAGAGAUGGCCUAGGGGGCAGCACUGACCCGGGGCUGAAGGAUGUUCGCUUUAAAAGUCGAUUAUUUGGACAAUCACAACCAAAACCACAAAAAUAGUUCUGUGUAAAGAGUGGACUGGUACCAGUCCACUCUGCUGGUACCAGUCCACUCUGCUGGUACCAGUCCACUCUGUUUGUUCGUCUUUCCUUCAGUUUGAAUAUAAAUGUUUUUCUAAACUUUUUUUCUACCUGAUCAACGUCCUGUUGUCGUGAGUGAAGACAAAUGGUCUGUUCUGUCUGUUCUGUCUUCAGGUAGAGUUGAGUCAGUGGUCAGAAAGUCACUGACCACUGCUGGUGUAAUGUGUGUUUAUUAUUAUUUGACUAAAGUCCCAUUCCAUGGUCUGGCCCCAUGUAUUGAACCACCAACAGCUGGUGGGAGACGAUCUGUACCACGUGACAAUAAAGGAUUCACUUCACAC